GAGAAGAUGUUGCACUAAUCAAUCAAACCUGCCUAUUUUGAGUCUACCGGAAUUUGAAACCUGAUUUUUCCGUCCCCUUCUUUUGGCCUAUCUGGUGUGCCAGAGCCAGUGUUAGGGUUUUGGAGCUUUUUCUUCUUCACCCCUCCUCCAACUGAAGCGUUGAAACAGAGAACUUUGCUCUCAGAGUCCUUGCUGAAAUAUCAGUACACUAUUUGGACACAACAUUUUGGUUUCAUCAUGAUUUCCUGCCACUUCGGUGUUUUGCUUUGCCUUCUUUUGCUUGCAUCUCCCAUUGCAAGGGCUUCAGUUUUCUUAAGGCACAAGGAAGCCAGCAACCUCUUACAAAGAUCUAGGAGAGCCAAUUAUUUUUUAGAGGAGCUUAAGGCAGGAUCACUUGAGCGGGAAUGCCAUGAAGAGAAAUGUUCAUGGGAGGAAGCAAGAGAAAUCUUCCAAGAUGAUUUGAGGACCAAAGAAUUCUGGGCAAUUUAUACAGAUCCUGAUCAGUGCGACUCCAACCCUUGCCAGAAUGGUGGGACCUGCAUUGAUAGCUAUCAAGACUACUUUUGCAUUUGUUCUCCAAAACAUGAAGGCAGAAACUGUGAAAUAGGACCAGAAAGCAAGUUGAAAUGCUUUUUUAAAAAUGGCAAUUGUGAGCAGUUUUGUGUAGAUUCCCCAACCACAUUAAGGCAGUGCUUUUGUGCAGAGGGAUACAGGCUAGCAAGUGACCAAAUUUCAUGCAUUGCAGAAGUUGAUUAUCCCUGUGGGAAAAUACCUGUUCUUGCAGAAAGGCCAAAUCGACAAGGAAGAAUCAUAGGUGGUUAUGACUGUCCUCCAGGCGAAUGUCCAUGGCAAGCUCUCAUAAUAGACAAUGGAAAUGAAAAAUGUGGAGGUGUUCUGGUUGCUCCGUCCUGGAUCAUUUCAGCAGCCCACUGCUUUCAUCUUGUCCACCGACAAAAUCUCAGGAUAAGGCUUGGUGAAUACAAUAUAAAUCAGAGAGAUGAAGGUGAACAAGAAAGAAGAGUUGAUGAACUUAUAAUCCAUGAAAAGUAUUCUUCCAAAACCGUUGACAAUGACAUUGCCUUGCUGCGAUUAUCAGCGCCAGUCAACUUCUCUGAGUAUGUGGUGCCCAUCUGCUUGCCCCCUCCACGGUUUGCAGCAGACAUAUUGAAUUAUGUUGAAUUCUCCACAGUGAGUGGGUGGGGGCGUCUCUUGGAAGGUGGGGCUACUUCAGCACUUCUUAUGCGAGUGGAAAUCCCCAAAAUACACAAAAAGGAAUGCAUUUUGCACACUACACUCAAUAUUACCAACAACAUGUUCUGUGCAGGUUAUCUCGAUGGAAGUAAAGAUUCUUGUGAAGGUGACAGUGGUGGACCCCAUGUCACUGAAUACAAAAAUACUUGGUAUCUAACAGGAAUUGUGAGCUGGGGUAAAGGGUGUGCUUCAUUAGGAACAUACGGAGUUUAUACAAAAGUUAUAAGAUACUAUCAGUGGCUAAUUAAUCAUAUGGAUUCUUAAUGCAUAUUGCUUCCAAUUUCAUUGUCCUUUCAUUAUCCAAAUCCAUGUUUAACCUUUGAAUUUAGCUUAUAACUAGAUUAUAUAUUUUAGAUUAUAUAUUUCUACAUUUUAAAUCUGUAGUAAAACUUCAGUUUAAUUAACUGCACUUAAAUAAUUUGAAUACUAAAAACUUUCAACCAUUCACAAUACAGUGGUACUUUGGUACUCGAUUACUUCAAAAAUCAUUGAAUUUAGUACUCGAUGGAUUUUGACACAAAAAUGUUGUCCCAGUAUUUGUUUGGUACCCGAUGCUCUGUGAUAGGAAAAGGGGGAUGGACAUAGAAAACAGAUAGGAAGUCGGCAAUGCCAGGAAGUUUGCUGCAAAAGGAAGAGGGGGACGGUGGACAGAAUGUUGGCCAUGCUGGGAAGGUCACUGACAUAGGAAAAGGGACAGACAGGAAGUCCUUCCUGGCCAAAACAAGGUCACAUAGUAAGUCACAUGGUUGGUUUGGCCCUUAUCAUUUUUACUAUUCGUGUCUCUCAGAUCCAGUACCAAGUACUGAGGUACCACUGUAAUGGGUCUAGACAAGGCAUUUAAAUUUAUUUUAAAUGUUUCUUUAUUCACAUUAUUUGCAUAUGAUGUAAAUAUCCAAAUAAUCUGAACAUGCCAUUUGCAUAAUGCUGUCAAUACAUAAAUUAUGUCCAUUGCUGUAAAUGACACAUUUGGAUUUUAGAGAUGUUCUGAAAUAAAUAAAAUAAAAAUUUAUUUUAAAUGUAUUUAUUUUAAAGCUAACUUAAGAAAUCAAUAAAGUAUGAACUCAAUUUAACCA